AUGGUCGCUGUUUCGGCCUUCGGACGUCGUGUUCCUCGAGGGGGAGGGCACGGGCGACUCGCGGAGGGCCGCCGAGCUCUUCGAGCAGGUGGCCCGCUUCCACAGCUGCGCCGGCGCGCUGCCCGCCGUGCUCGGGACCACGGGGCCCCCCGUGCCGGCGCUGCAGGGGCCGGGGGCCGGCGGGCUGGAGAUCGGCUACCUCGGAGGGGGGCCCAGGUGUACGGGGCACGGGAUCUGAGGCACUACGACGUGGCGGUCUGCGUGGACGGCGGAGCGGCGGAGUCCCUGCGGGGCGAGCUCGCCCGCGCGGGCGAGGAUCCGUACCCGCCCAGCAUCGUUGAGCUCGCAGACUUCGGGGCGUACCUGGAGAUGCGCCGGCCGGAGUCGCCGAUGAAGGCCUGGGUGCCCGAUCUCGAGGAGCCCUGA